AGAUGGCAGCCCCCAAGACACCACCCAGACAGAAAGUCACAGAAGGUUCCUUUUCUGUUAGCCAUUCACUUGCAGAAGUCAAAACACAAAGAUGUUUAUUAGAAAUGCUUCCCACGGAGUUGCUCAUGAGCAUCAUGGGUUAUCUUUCAACUUUAGAUCUGCUGGCAUUGAGAGAAGUAGAUCGAAUAUUUUGUGAAGUAAUUGAUGGUUCCACUUUGUUUAGAUCAAUAGACCUGCAUCAGAGUUAUCGAGUAACACCUCACACCCUAUGGGAGCUGGGACGCCUCAACAAAAUCUCCUCAAUCCGAUCUUUCAACAUUUCCAACUGCUACUGGCUGACGGCAAGCCAGCUCAGUACAUGUAUACUAAAUCCUAAAAUGACCAACUUGAAACAUCUGGACAUCAGAGGCUCAAACGUUCCUAUGAGAACUUUGGAUAGGAUCUUAUCAAGUGCUCAGACUCUCAAAAGUCUCUCGUAUAAUCACUCAGCUCCAUUUGGCGAGGUGGCGUCAAAGACAUUGUCCCAACUCGUAGAGCUUAACAUGGUCAUCUCGCACCGCUGCGACUUUACUUUCCUCAAUCAUUGUGAGAGCCUUAGAGUCUUCACUCUUGACUUAAAGCAUCAACUAGGAACACAAAACUCAGCUUUCAGUUACAGAUAUAUCCCACCAAUUCUACUUGAACUGCCUUUGUCAUGUUUGUUAAGAUUACACCACAUCGAUUUUCUAGGAGAAGCUCAGAAACCCUUCCGAAGCUACCGUGCCUAUGGCCUUAGGUUUCCAAGAGGGGUGAUGAAAGCUCUGCGCACUGUGUCGUCUUCUUUGACGGCGUGUCUGGGUGAUUCAGAGGAGCUUGAUUUAUCCAAGAUCCUCUCGCUGGAGUCAGCCAGCUCAGACGAAUUCCCUAUUUCUUCAAGAUUUAGUUCUUUACGUCAUCUCAAUGUGUCUGGGACAUCAUUCACAAAAACAGAACUGUGUUCCGCAGGGGAAAAUUUACCUCGGUUAAAAAGUCUUAACAUCAGAGGAUGCAAGAAUGUUCUCUUGACGGAGGGAGACAGGAAUUUGGAUCUUUCAUUCCUAGAGGUCUUGGUGGAAGCCAAGUCGCCCUUAGAGCAUCUUAACAUCAGUCGGCUUCAUCUUCAUCAUCCAGAUGAUGACAACCGUCUUACACAACUUCUUGGCCAGUUUCAUGGUCUCAAGUCCCUUUCGUUGCCGCUCUGUUGUCUGGCUGACAAAACCACAUCAGAGCCACUGUGGAUGAAACCAUCACAUAGAAUCCAAACCUAUAAUACGAGGAGCCAUCGAGAUACCCAAGGUAGCACCAGCAGGCGACAACGCCUUGGCAUCAGGGUCAACGAGCAUGGCAGAUGCGAAAGUUGUAUGAAUGAAACGACCUCCCCUGUUGACACAAAAGAGGUUGACUUCAAGGGAUGCAUUUACUGCGGCAGUCACUUAGCUAGGGUUGUCAAUGGCGCCAGGCAGUUACAGUCACUUGAGCUUGUAGGGGUGGCCUUCAAAUCUGUCUUGAAAACAGAGCUACACAAAUCCAGUUCCGCACCGAAGCAGGCAAAUCACUGUGGCCCUUCAUCAUUCUCAUCGGUGUCUGAAGAUGCUUUCCUGUGCAUCUCCCGUUGGACCCAGCUCCACUCCUUGGUCUUAGCCGGUAUACCAACAUUUCUCCACGGUCACAGCCUCGUGGAAAUCCUGAAGAACUGUAAACAGCUCCGCAGUCUAACCCUGGCCAAUCUGGGACCUUCUGCUAAGUGUCAGUAUCUGAAGGGUCUAGUGGAGGCAUUGAAGUAUGCAGACCGCCUUGAAGACCUGAGAUUGGAGCAGAGGAAUAUUGAUCGGAUGCACUCCUUAUUUGAAGCCCUUCAUCAGUGUCACUCCCUCACAAGACUGUGUGUCAUCUCUACAAACAGCGAAGUGGACGCACAGGACGUUUUGAUGGUUUUCAAUCAUUGUCGGAAACUCAUCCUUUUUUGUCUGAUGUCCUCAGUGCCAGUCCAAGUCUGCAAGGAUCUCUCAAAGGAAAUCUAUGCUCAAUACAGUUUAAGUCGUCCGGCUCUCUGUGUUGCUUUUGGUCAAAAUCCCCAAUUCGAGGACAAGCUGCUAGAAUUUGCAAAGAGAAUACAAAGGGUCCACCUAAAGGAGUUUGUGUUUUACGAGAGCAGAGUUGCUACAACUCCACCUUCCUGGCCUGAAUUGGAGAAGAUGAUUCGAGAGCAGAGUUGCUAAAACUCCACCUUCCUGGCCUGAAUUGGAGAAGAUGAUUCGAGAGCAGAGUUGCUAAAACUCCACCUUCCUG